CAGUUGUCCUUAUUUGGCUGUGAAUAUUACGCCUGCGAUUCCUGUGAUAGGUGGAAUUCUUGUAUUUUUUGUAAUGGGGACUUUACUGAGAACCAGCUUUAGUGACCCAGGCGUUCUUCCUCGUGCCACUCCAGAUGAAGCUGCAGAUUUGGAAAGACAAAUAGAUGUUGCAAAUGGGUCCACUUCAGGCGGUUAUCGACCUCCUCCCCCCGAACGAAAGAAGUAGUAAUCAAUGGACAAACGGUGAAACUGAAAUAUUGUUUUACUUGCAAAAUCUUCCGCCCACCUCGUGCCUCACACUGCAGCCUGUGUGAUAACUGU